AUGGCGGCGCACCGGGUGGGGAGGCGCCUGGGGCGGGCUUCGCCGGCGCGCCCUUCCGGGCUGUCUCCGGGGCAGACCCGCACGGAGAGGACGCCGAGCCCGGGCAUUCAGCGGCGCCAGGCGCGGGUCACCGUCAAGUACGACCGGCGGGAGCUGCAGCGGCGCCUCGACACGGAGAAAUGGAUCGACAGCCGCCUCGAGGAACUUUACGGAGGAAGGGAAGCUGAAAUGCCUGAUGAGGUGAGCAUCGAUGACCUCCUGGAGAUGGCGACAGAUGAGGAGAGGGCCAGGAAACUGCAGGGCCUCUUGGAGUCGUGCCAGCACAACACAGAGGGCUUCAUCAAUGAGCUGCUUGGGAAGCUGCGGGGCCUCCGGACAGAGCACGUCCUCCGACGGACAAGCCCGACCAGCCAGGGGUAUGUGGAGCCGGCCCCCAAAGUCCAGGGACCGCUGUGACUCUGGGCAGCCAGAGACCCGGCUGCGCUCGUGGGAUGGACUCAUUUCCACACCAGGGAGGCGCCUGGGGCCGCCGGCGCCACUCUCAGCCCCCCAGCUCCAAGCCUCACACGGCUGCAGGAUGCUGCCCGCUGGGCCCAGCUGCUCCUGCUCCCCCUUCCUCGACAGCAUUUAACAGCCCCACCGCUGCAUCACCCGCCGGGCAGGGAGCAGCAUUCUCUGCCACGGGCGCCUCCUGUAAU